AUGCACAUCGCCGUCGAGACAAUCCGUGCACAUGCCAAGCUGGACGCAUACGUGGACCCGUUUCUAGACGACUUGGAGGAGCGGCCGCGAGUGACGGUGCCCAUCCUGCUAUGCAUGACCAUCAUUGGCGGCUACAUCUGUGGCGGUGCAGUGCUCUUCUCCGUGUGGGAAGAGUGGAACUACCUGGACGGCUCGUACUUCUGCUUCGUCACGCUGAGCACCAUCGGCUUCGGCGACCUGGUGCCAGGGGACACGGUCGUCUCGGACAGCGGCUCCCAAGAAAAGCUUGUCAUCUGCUCGCUGUACCUGCUCGUAGGACUGGCGCUGAUCGCCAUGUGCUUCAACCUAGUGCAGGAGGAAGUGGUGCACAAACUGCGUGCCCUGGGCCGCCGCCUGGGCGUGGUCAGCGACUCGGACGCCGAUUCAGACUCGGAAUGACGUCGGCGUGGCAGCCACCGCCGACGCCGCGGUCUCGCGGGUGUAGUGCAGUACGUCGAGGUGCCCCUGAGCACGCUCAUGAGGACGCGCGUGAGGAGGGCGCGGGCGAGGUCCCGCUGCGCUCCCCAGGUGGCCGAAGAAGAAGAACCGGAGGGCCAGCAGGCAGCGGCGGCCUCGUCGUCCGACGCAACCGGCAGGGGACACUGACGAUCAGCGAGCGGCGCACUCACCUACGGCUCUCUCGGCACUGUGCACAAAGUAGCAAGCGCCGGCGUCUUAAGGAGCACCUACUUGCACGCUUCGCUGCUCGUGUGCACUUAUCCGCUGCGUCGCGGCUUGUGGAAGGAGGCGCGCAGAACCGUUCCCGAAGUUUUGAGAGCCUCGAAGUGUGAUCGGUUUCCACGUCCGCCGAUCAUUUAUCUCGCACUGUUUGAUUUGCGCUUAAGCGUUUUCCCCGCCUCUCGGCAGGUUUAUGGGUGCGUAGACGCGUGUUGGGGCAUCGUUGAAAUGUAUUUGGGUUUACUGCUCGAGGUGUUGCUCUGGCGACAAUAGAAACUUUCUCGACAUUUGCUCCGCGUCGCGUUAGGGUGCAUAAUCCGGCAUUUGUUGACAUCGUCCGCGGCACUCAGUGAAGGACGUGGUUAAAGCGCCGCAGUGUAAACCAUUGGUGCGCACCCACGGGAGGUUUAAUGCGCAUAACAAGAAUCCAUGCUCGCCUUUUACUCCAGGAAAGACGUGAGCGCUAGUAACUUCGAACACAGUGCCGAAGAGCGUGAAUAUGAGUGCGUUGCAAAGCUGAUUUUAGGGUACUGUCACUGGCCCGCGACACUAGAAAGGUGCAAGGUGGCUGGCUCUGAGUCUAAGCGUGAUGGCGCCGGGAAGAGUGUCGGGCACGUGCACUUGCAUUGUUGCACAUGAGCCUGCCUUGCGUCGACAGCCAUUGGCGGCAAACCUCGCAAUGACUGUACAAAGCUUCGACUGCUCACACUGGCAUCGUGGACCCCACACUUGUCAGGCAUGCGACGGGACGAGUGUCUCAGCACAAGAGCAUGCUGCCUAGGUCGUAAACAUUUCACAGAAGCACAGUGUUUGGAAGUUUUGUGUUUAAACCUCGAUGUUAGCGCCAUUUAUAAUGAAUCGUUCAAAUACGCCUAUUAUCUGAAUGGACGCUUGAACUUCGUACCUUACAUGUACCAUGUCGCAGUGCUGUGUUAUAAUUACUCUUGAUCAUAGGGAGAAUUAGUUUAAACCUGAAGGCCCGUUUUUUUUUUCAUAACUAAUCGACCUUGCAUUUCCCUAAUCGCGAUGAUUCAAACUGAAGUGAGAACCGUGUUACGAGUUUUGUAGAAAAAAUAAACAUGUGUCUGCAAAGUCGCUUAGGGACGAUAACAUCAGUACACAAAUGAGUUAACUGCAAGCGCAGAUGUGGCAGGUAAGCCGGUACGUUCCGUCAAUAAGAGAUCUCCAAAACUGAGCCGACAUAAAUUUGCAACGUUUCUACUGGAACGGCUGCGGAGAUAGCUGCGGGAGCACAACGAGCCCUGCAGAAAGCUUCAGAGUACCUCACGAUAUUUUUACGACAUUGUUCUGCCUCUAGUAUUGUGCUUCACUAAAGACUGUUUCUAUCAAAGGCUAGAAACUUUUUCGUGAAGUGAAAGAAAAGACAGCAAGUUAUUGGUUAUAAAGCACAUAAAAUGUCUUUUUUCACACACUAUGUCAACUACCCCAAGUCCUUGGCGCUAUUUCCGCAGUGCUGCUUAUCAAAAUAUGGCAGUCCUGUUUCUGAAUGUUGUGAUUCACGCAAUUCCUGCUAGCACAUACAGAGAUUGGAGUCGGGAUAUGGUUUGAUCUCAGAAACAUGGUAAUUUUAUUUAGUAGAAUGAUCUUCAGCUCCCCAAUGCCAAACUGCUUUUCUUGAAAGAGAGCAUUUAUUACGGUUCAUGAGGUAUGUCACGUUAGCGUGUCGGAAAUAUCAUGCCGUCUUGUGACUUCUAUCAAACUCUUUACUGAAGGGUAGCAGUAGGCAGAGCGUAAUUAUUUUCUUUUUCACACGGGCACUAUAAUUUGUGCGGUAAUGCUAGGUUGAAGAAGCACCAGUUGCUGCGAACAAUGCCCUCGCCUGAGAAAACAGCGAAAGUUACGAUACUUUAGAAUAGGGAAGCUAAGUGAGAAAUGUCCCUCCACCUUGGCGAAUGCGCCUAGAUGUGAAUGGUGGACGUAGAUGGUGCAUGCGCAUCCUGGCACUCCAUAGCAGACAGUAGGGUUGAAUACUGGGGUAGAAACACGGAAAGUGCGCUAUUAGUUGGCAAUUACUAUCAUUUUUUUCUCAUGUGUAUCGCGGAGUCAAAGCUUAAGGAUGUCAACCGACGCAUUUGCGUUUGACGCUAUAGCUACGUUUUAUAAUAGAGUGCUUGUUUUGGGGGGAAGGGGGGUGGGGAUAGGGCUUGUAUCGUUGUCCGGGCCAGCUCAAAAGAGAAGAGACACUUUUUAUAACACGUAUACCAAGCGAAUACAUGUAGUAGUGUCCGUUUGUAAAGGUGUCCUGGAACAAACAAGUGUCUUCGUGGCACUUUACCCUGCACGUGUCUUGAUAUUAAGGCAUCAGGGGACUUGCCUAUUGAUGCAGACGAAUUUUUUUGAAUUUUUGUACCUUUUUAGUUAGUCGCCUAUGCUAUUGUACAAGAGAGAGCAGUGCUCAAAGAGAAAUUCUGUUUUGAGUGUUGGAAACUAACGACCAUGAAACAACUCUCGCAAAAUUUAACAGCUACAGUCAAUAUAUGGUGUUAACGCACAAAGGGACACUAAAGGCAAAUAUUAAGUCAAGCUGAAGUGAUAGACUAGUGCUCGAGAAUCUCUAAGGCGUCAAUAGUACCGCAAGCAGGGCCUUAGUUAUCGAGAAAUUUGGUGAAUGCAGGACAUAAUCUGAGAUCCCCGGGACAUUCAAGUACGUGUCCGAUGACGAAGGCACUCCUCAAUUAGAUUCUGUCCCUAGAACUAAAGCACUCGUUAUAAAAAUGAUUAGACGAAAGAAAAUUCUACUUGUCUAGUUCUAUUUCAUAUUUAGAAAAUAUAAGUCAUUCACGUUACCCUAGACAAUGACGCGGGCCGGUCGAAAGGUUUCGUGUUCGCUCGGCUCUGCGCCGCCCGCGCUUUCGUGUGUCAGUAGUUUCGUUAUCGCGUAGUGCUACGCUGGUUUUGCUUCCAAGCGAAACUCGCACAUACUGCAAGUAGCAGAUAAUUCCACUUCCAUGUGAUGUCGCGGAUGACCGAACGGUAGACGUCACUUAACCAAACGCAGCUGCAGCGGCGGACCCAUCGCUCUGUCUUGGCUCGGUUUCUCCAUGGCUGCGCGUUCGCGCUUUGUGCAAAAAAUCGUACCGCCGGCUGUGGCGUGCAGUUUAACUCACCGACGGCAGCAAAGGGCGGUGAUUGACGUAUGGAACGUCACCACUUUCCGGUUGGGUGGCGGGAGAUUUGAAUUGCGAUAAAUGUAUUCGGACCCUUCAGAUGCAAUUUUCUCGUAAACUAAGUCUUUUCUUGGCACGAAACAAGCGUUGCGAGGUUUCUGGAACGAUAUUUAAACAGUCCACGUCGACUUAGUAUUUGCCUUUAGUGUCCCUUUAAGAAGCUCAAACGAACGAAUAAAAAUAUGAAUCGUCAAAUAAGUCAUGUGACUUUGGCUUGUGAUUUUGUUUUGUCGGUUUGUUGAGACAAAAAAAAAACCAUUGUGUCUUCGGGUGCUAGUGCAAAGAGGACAGUAAGUACUCGUAUUUGUUAUGACAAGUGCAUGCUGUCCUUUUUCUAAAGCAGAGGCACUGUAUUUUGCCUUUCUAAUUUCGGUGACAAAAUUAGCGAUUCAAUUUUCUAUACAGCACAACAUACUUGCUCGAAUGUUUUUUUCCUUUUUUUUCACAAUCACAACUUCCUUCUCACAUACAAAAAACAGCUCAAUACCAUGUACAUCCGUGUAUUACAGGUACGGAUAUUCACUUUCCGAAUAAUAAUAAGAGCCAUUGAUACGAAACUUGUCCGCCUCCGUUUUGUCAGAAGUUAUCUUAUAAUUCAAGCGGUGGACUCCAAUUUAAGCAUUACAAUCAGACUUCACAUAUCGUCGCAUUCCUGUGCCCUUGUACAAGAGUUCAAAAACUAAAGCUCACGAAACAUCUGUGAGAUACAGUUCGAUGGUUUAGAAGACUGUGCUAGUUCAAACAUUUGAAAUGUCCACCUUGAAACUUUCCACUACUCUGCAACUGUUCGCCUUGUCAUAAGCUCAAGAAGAGGAAGCGUUGAGCGCUAAUAAAGUCUGUUUCGAAGCGUUCCA